AGACAACAACAGCUGUUUUUUUAACUACAAGCCAUGCUUAUUGAUUAAUUUAAUUUUUCAUUGUUUACAAUUAGAAAUUAACCAUGUUCAUAUUAAAAAACUUCAUCAAUAGAAAUUGUAAAUUAAGCUACAUAAAUUGUCAGCGUUUAUGUAUGCAAAUUCAUGGUGAAAAAUGGGUGAAUCUGCGGCAUGAAAAGUUUCCAAAAGAGUACGCACUUCAACAUUUUGAUUCUUUGAAUUCAAGUGUGUAUACAGAUAAAUGGUUGUCAAUGAAAUUCGAUCAAAAAGCCAAGGAAAGAAAUGUUGCUGCAUCUGAAAUUAAAGAUUUGUGUGAUGGUCAUGAAGGUAAAACUUUACUGAUGUUGUCACCUCUUAAAAAAGCAUUCUUAUUACCAUGUGGUUCAUCAAAUCAACUUUACCCUGCACUCGAAGAAAAAGUUCCAGAAUUUUCCCCUAAAUCGUGUGCUCCAAAAAAAGGGAAACGUCGAUCUAAAGACAAAGCACAAGAUAGAGAUGAUAAAAGCGACGAUGAGGACGAUGGCGAUGACGACGAUGAUGAUGAUGACGAAAUUGUUCCAGUUGAUUAUGUUGAUUUAGACGUAGAAACGGGAAGUUUAAGGUUGGAUACUGUUAUGAAGACAGCAUUGCCUAUUCAAAGAAGAAAGAUCGAAGAAGUUCACGCUGAGGAUAAAAUAAGAGUUAAUGGAGAAAGAGUGCAAAAAAGAGCAAUGGAAGUUGGAGAAGGAGAUGUGAUCGAUUUAAUUUACGGUCGUAGUCGUCAAAACUCAAAACUGUUGGAAAUCAAAAGAGUAAAGUUGCUUUCAGUUCCUGAAUACAAAACUGCCAAGGAUCGAGUUAAAUUCAAGAUUCGACGAUGGCCAAGUUUGACAAUCGAAAACUAUAGUCUCCAUCCAUUUGAAAGUAUGGUUGUGCGAGAAGAGGAAGAAGACAAAUAUGGAUCUUAAUUGCGUGAUUAUUAAGGCUUCAAAUCAUCAUUUAUUCAAUAUUUCGUAACUAAGCCAAUGUAUUUAGAAUAAAUUUAAUAUAAAUCAAAGGUUAUUACACUUAGAUGAUAA